UUCUCUGCUGUAGCACUUCUUUUCCUGCACGUAUAUCCAUUUUUGGAUAAACGAAAUAUUCUAGUUGUUCAAAAUGAAUUUUAUAAUUCGUGCUGCUCGACCUGAGGACUGCAAAGCCGUAGAGCGCAUGAUCAUGGAGUUGGCCGUUUAUGAACGCAUGCCUGAUCAGGUGAAGAUAUCCCAUAAAGAGCUGGAGAGGGACGGUUUUAGUCAAAACCCAUUUUACCAUUGUCUAGUAGCAGAGGUUCCAGAGGCACACAAGUCUACAGAAGGGCACACCACGGUUGGCUAUGUGCUCUACUAUUACACAUAUAGCACUUGGAAAGGGAGAUGCAUCUAUAUGGAGGAUCUCUAUGUCAUGCCGGAUUUCAGAGAGAGAGGUAUUGGGAAGGCUCUGGUGGCAUCAAUAGCCAAAGUGGGUACAGAGCAGCAGUGUAUGCAUUUGCAGUUCUCUGUUCUGGAUUGGAAUAAACCAUCACUGGACUUCUAUAUGUCUAAAGGAGCUCAGGACUUAACAGCUAAAGAAGGCUGGCAUUUACUCCGCUUUGAUGGGGUAGCUUUGAUAAAGCUGGCACAGGAGGCACCUUAAGAGAAUUAAAGGGUUAGUCCAACUUAACAAUGUUAACUCGAACAAAGAAUUAAAAAAAAAGUUGCCAGCUAUAAUAACACCUGACUAGCUACAUUAUCUUACAUUUGCUGAUAUACAUGCUAACAUGGUUUAGUUGAACCGUUUAGUUGAACCCUUAAGAGCUAACCUUUUUAAAAGUAGCCUAAAAAGAGGAUAUAAGCACUUUUUAAAUUUUGCGAAGAAUAAUUGUAUGAAUGUUGCAUUUUAAUUGUAUGAUUUUUCUGAAGUAUCAUGUCCCAUUUGAAUUAACCACUCCACUGUUUAAAUUAUUUCUUAAUUAAAAAAUUUCUUAAUUUCUUAAUUCUUAUA